AAAUCUGCCCCCAUGAAAGCAUCAUGACAUGAGUAGCUUGAAUUACAUGGGGUUAAGUAUUUAGGACGUCUGUCUGUCUCUCUCUCUUCCCCCCCCCACGCCCACCUCAUAAGCAAAGCAAAGGCUACAUUCAAUACAAUACAAGUUCGUUGGGGCAGGCAAUUGCAUUUUGCAUGCAGCAGCAGAUGCCCAAUCCCCUCUCCUCUGCUCCUUUCCCGCCGUAAUGCAACCUCCUCCCCCCUCCUCCCCUCCAUUCCUCUCCGACAGCUCCGACGCCCAGCGCCGCCUCCGUGAGGCCGAGGAGCGCCUCCGUGAUGCCAUUGAGGAGCUCCAACGCCGCCAGCGCAGGGCCGCCGAGUGUACCGGCGCCGCCUCCUCCUGCCCUGAUAGUCAUCCCCCUCAUUACCCUCCCUGCCACCACUCCCCUGACGAGUCCUGCGCCGCCAACGCCAUCGGUAACCUCUGCCAGAGCUUCCUCCUCUCCUAUGGCGUUAGGGUUGGGAUCGGCAUCCUUCUUCGCGCCUUCAAGCUUGCCAAGGGUCAAUCUUAUUCUUCUCUCCUCGAUCUCAAGCAAUUAGUAUCAGAGAAGGACCUAAUUGUAAGGGAGGAAGCGUGCCGCAUAGGUUUGCUAUUUGGUGGAUUUACUGGAUCUUAUCAUGCUCUUAGAUGUUUGUUUAGAAAAUUGAGAAGGAAGGAGACGCCCUUGAAUGUAUUUUUAUCAGGUUCCAUCGCGGGUUUAUCUAUCUUAGCACUAGAUGAUUCGAACCGGAGGCGGACUCUUGCUCUCUAUCUUCUGGCUAGGGUCGCACAAUGUGCUUAUAAUUCUGCCAAGUCUAAGAACAAGUUUCACCUCUGGGGAAGCCAUUGGAGACACGGAGACUCUCUGCUUUUCUCUUUAGCAUGUGCACAGGUGAUGUACUCCUUUGUAAUGCGCCCAGAGAGCUUGCCGAAGUCAUAUCAAGACUUUAUCCAGAAAACUGGGCCAGUUGCACAGCCUGUUUAUAAGGCUGUGAGGGAUAAUUGUAGAGGUUUACCGCUGGACAUUGCUACGUUGUCUUCCUACUUAUCUAAAGUAGGGAAAUCCGACCUAGUAAAAUUGGAAGAGUUCCCCCCCAUAGUUCCAUGCUCGAUGAUCCAUCCCCACACGAAGUCAUGUUUAAUUCAUAAUGCAAAUGCAACAUCAGCUACAUUUAGGAAAACAUUUCCUCUCUACUUCUCACUGACAUUCGUACCAUUCGUCGUUCUUCACCUGCAAAAGUUCACGGAUGCUCCUGCUCGUACCCUUUGGUUGGCUGUUAAAGGUGCUGUUCGCUCAACAUCAUUUUUGUCUGCAUUUGUUGGAAUUUUUCAGGCGGUCAUAUGUCUACAUAGAAAGGUUGCAUCCAAGGACCACAAGCUUGUGUAUUGGUUGUCAGGUGGAAUUGCUGCUCUAUCUGUUCUACUAGAGAAAAAAUCUAGAAGGAGCGAACUUGCUCUGUACGUUCUUCCCCGGGCUGGAGAUUCUUUGUGGUAUAUAUUAAUAAACCGCCAUCUGCUUCCAGAUAUCAAGAAUGCUGAGGUAGCUUUAUUCUGUGCUUGCAUGGGUGGGGUAAUGUACUACUUAGAGCACGAGCCUGAUACCAUGGCCCCAUUCCUCAGGGGCCUGAUUCGCCGUUUCUUUGCCAGCAGGAUUAGUAAUCCUGGACCUCCAUCGAGUCGAAAUGCCUCCUACAAUUAUCUACAAACGUUUGAUGCGAUACAGAAACCAGAAGUGAUAGGGAACCGAGAUGGUGAAGUUUCAACCUCAGAGAAAUACAAUCUUGAAUCAAUACCGGGCCUCUAACACAUAUCAGGUUGCUUGGAAGCUAUUCGUAUGUUGCAUAAGCUCAGAGAACAUUCAAAAUAAGUUGAUGCCUUUACAGCUGAUGUUGGUAUCCGAAUUUUUCCCAAUUGCAGAAAACCAGCCAAAAAGAUUGGUUGCAAAUUAUCACGGCCCACUUUUUAAGGGCUGAUUUGCAAUGCUUAUUUUGCUCACAGAGUUGCGUUUAAUGUAAUAAAAAAAGAGUAAGCAUUGUUAUCCUGGAAGACUCUGUUCACAAGAAUGGGAAUAAUCUUCUUGUUACCGUGUUCAGGCUAAUGAAACAGAACCGCAUUCAAGCUAA